AUGGGUUUGAAGUCUUAUUUCCGCAAGCCAGCCAGCAAGGAUGUUCAGCUUCCUGAGAUCGAGCAACAACCAAGCGGUACUUUCACGCCAACGGCAUGGACAUCUUACACUCCAUCGUCCCAAGAGCCUGGCGAUGCACAAGCUUCUGCGAUGAGUCGACUCAACGACGCCAGAUGUGAGCUCCUAGUCAACGACCUCUGGUCUCAGCAGGCAAAGUUACUUUGGUAUGCUGGAGGCGAUGAAGGAGUCAUGAUCAAGCAAAGUCGUGGCAAAUACGUGUGUUGUCCCCCGGACUUGUGCAGAUCCGACGGCUUUUACGACGCUAUUCAGGCGCUGAACGUCNNAAAAUUGCUCGUCCACGGCAAUGAUCAAGUCUCUAUCCCAAUCAGCGGAAACCUACGUCUCCAGGUCCUCCCUGACAUCUCAUACCUAAGUCGCUGCGCAAAACAUCAAUCUGCUGCUUUCAUCGCGGAUAGAGGAAUCUUGGUAGUCUGGGACGAUCAACCAGAAAAACUUAUAAGCCGUGGUCGAUCCCUCGAGAAGAGUAUCAUGGACCUGAUCUGGAACAUGCACGCCGAACAAGAAUUUUCGGAGAAGAAGAGCGCUGGUGCGUCUGUUCAGGAACUGGACAUUACUGGUAGCCAAGAGGACUUGACAGAGCAACCGCGUCGCAUCGUGCUGCUUCACUCGAUCACGACGUCGCUAACGCUCUUUCUCAUUAUUGUCACCCUUGGCGCGGGAUAUAGGAAGAUUGUUCAGGAAAUUAUGUACGAUGGCGUCUACACCCGUCUAGCGUUGAUAGUGACAGCUCCACUCACCAUGUGGGUAUCAUUCUUCUUCUUCCAGGCUAUCUUCGGCAACCUAUUCCAAAUCUUCGGACCGAUCAGUCAAGUACAGAGCAACACUAAGUACUUCUCCGGACUUCCACCCAAGCGACUCCCAAGGAAUUCAGUCUUACCUCAUGUCACCAUUCAGUGCCCAGUCUACAAGGAGGGUCUGCAAAGUGUCAUCGCCCCAACUGUUUUUUCCAUCAAAGCCGCCAUCUCAACCUACGAGAUGCAAGGCGGAACAGCAAACAUAUUCAUUAACGAUGAUGGUAUGCAGUUACUGUCUCGUGAAGAAGCUCAAGCUCGUCAGGACUUCUACGAAGAACAUAGUAUUGGAUGGGUCGCGCGUCCUCGUCAUGAUCCAAAAGGAGAGCACAAUCCUGUUCCGUUCCUUAGACGAGGCAAAUUCAANAAAGCUUCGAAUAUGAACUACGCUCUCUGGGUCAGCAAUCGCGUCGAGGACAAAAUGGUUGAGCCAAGUCCUAGGCCUCCUUACUGGAACCAAGAGCAGGAAGCUGCUUUGUACGUCAAAGCGUUAAACGAAGUGAUCGAAGAAGACGAAAACCGAACCUGGGCCGAUGGCAACAUUCGGAUGGGUGACUUUAUCCUUCUCAUCGACUCCGACACGAGAGUACCGACUGAUUGCUUACUUGAUGCGGUCAGUGAGAUGACAGAUUCACCACAAGUCGCCAUUCUUCAAUAUUCCUCUGGCGUCAUGAAUGUGACAGAAAGCUUCUUUGAGAACGGCAUUACGUUCUUCACGAAUAUGGUUUAUACACAGAUCAAGUAUGCCAUCGCCAAUGGUGAUGUUGCGCCAUUCGUUGGCCAUAAUGCCAUACUUCGGUGGUCUGCUAUCCAGGACAUCGCAUACGAUUGUACAGACGACUUACGAGAGAAGUACUGGUCAGAAGCCACUGUAUCGGAAGACUUUGAUAUGGCACUCCGCUUGCAGUCUGCAGGAUACAUUGUGCGAUUUGGCGCUUACACUGGAGAUGGUUUCAAAGAAGGAGUUUCGCUCACCGUAUACGACGAGCUAGCCCGCUGGGAAAAGUAUGCAUUUGGCUGCAGCGAACUACUAUUCCAUCCCCUACGAUACUGGCCGACUCGAGGACCCUUUACGAAACUUUUCUGCACCUUUAUCACUUCGGGAAUGCCUUUCCCGUCUAAGCUUACUGUCCUGUCAUACAUCGGAACUUACUACGCAAUUGGAUGUGCGUGGCUGCUCACUUUAGUAAACUACUUUAUCGUUGGCUGGUAUAACACCAUCCUCGAUAAGUAUUAUACCAACUCUUUCCAGGUCUAUCUCUCCAUCAUUGUGGUGUUUAUAGGCCUUGGAAACCUCGCUCUCGCCGUCCUUCGUUACCGCAUUGGAGAGCAAUCGCUUGGGCGUGCAUUCGUUACCAACCUAAUGUGGAUCCCGUUGAUGUCAAUCUUCCUUGGUGGAUUGUCUAUGCAUGUGUCACAAGCUCUUGUAUCCCACCUGGUUGGCAUCGACAUGAACUGGGGUGCCACAUCCAAAGAAGCAGAGAACACUACAUUCUUCCAGGAAGUGCCUAAAGUGAUCAGGAAAUUCAGAAUGACAUUUGCGUUCUGUAUCAUCGCUUCCAUUGGAAUGGCAGUGCUUGCGUUGGUGGUUCCCGAGUACUGGAGGAUUAACCAGUUUUUCGCUCUCUACCCGCUUGGAACCAUCAUCGUUAGUCAUUUCCUGCUGCCAAUUGUGCUUAACCCAAGUCUGAUGCUCUUCACGUGGUAG